GACAACACGCAACAGCACGAGGAGAGACGCUGAGCCAGGGAGGAGAUAAGCUUCCUCCUCCUCCUCCUCCUCCUCCUCCUCCUCCUCCUCCUCCUCCUCCUCCUCCUCCACAUCCUCUGCUCUCCGCUGCAGACAGACCGCCCAGCAGCCAGCAGCCGCGGACUUUAUAGCUCCAGGUGUCCGCCUCGGUCGGGCUGGAGGGGGUUGUUCAUUCGCGUACGGUCGUCUUUCGUUCGUCCAUACCUCCACGACAACGACAAUGCCCUCUCCGUCGCCAUCGAUCUCGAGCGGGGACGUGAAGAAGCGGAAUUCACAGGACUAGUAGCGCGCGUUUGUGUGAGUGUGUGUGUCUGUAUGUGUGUGUGAGGGGACGUCAAAAAGGAGCCGUCCUGUCAUUCUGUCGAGGGGUUGUGUGUGUCUUUUUUUUCUUUUUGCGCUCUUUGGUCGAUGAGGUGUCGCUGAUGCGGGUGCUUUGACGCGAACAGACGCCGCGAGUAUGGCUGCCGGGAAGUUAUUGCUGUACGCCGGGCUCUCGCUCUCCCUGUGCGCCCUGGGGAUGCUAGCCGUGGCGAUCUGCUCCGACCACUGGUACGAAACGGACGCCCGGCGCUACCGAGAGCGGUGCCGGAGCUUCUCCAACCGCCGCAAGGACCCGGGCUUCAUCUACAUCCCCAACAUCAGCCUGCCGCUGCGCGCGGCCAGCCCGGUGGAUCGGGUGGAUCGGGUGGAUCGGGUGGAUCGCGUGGAGCGCCGCGAGGAGAAGCUGCGCUCGCUUGCGCGCCACCGACGGCAGCUGUUCGCCAUGAGCGCCGCGGACGAGUGCAGCCGGCAGUACAACUCCACCAACAUGGGGCUGUGGAGCCGCUGCCACCGGCUGGGCUUCGACCAGGAGAUCGAGGAUCUCAUUCGGAAAGGUAAGAAGAAAAGAAAUUAUAAUAAUAAUCGCCCUGGUGUCUAAUUAUUGUGGAAAUGUGCUGAUAGGGAAAACACCUCAUACGUUAUCGUGUUGGAUAUUCAUAAGGGCAAUAACCUUAUUUGUCAUUGAUUUAUUG